AUGCCUAGUUCUACGUCGUCCUCCGCGCCCCUCGCCCAUUACUCAUCUACGACGGCAAUAGUGACGUGGGAGCAACACGAUCCGGCUCUUUUCGAAGUUGGUCGCGCCUCGUAUGUUGCAUUGAGCGGGAACAUAGCAUUCUAUGAGGACAAGCGGAGUAGGCCUGCGAGCCCGGUGCUCACGGAUGGCAGCGUUGGUUCGGACUGCGGACGCUGCAAAAGACGGAGAAAAUGGUACAAUCAGUCUGCAAGGAAUGAGCAGAGUCAUUCUGUUGGUCCAUGUCACACCGCAUAUUUCCGAGUAGAUCCCGUGGAGCACGGCCAGCUCUCAUAUCAUCCAUUGUGUCGGCUAGGUCGCCUGUUCGCUUCGCAGCAUGCUCCGGUGGGCGUAUCCUACUGCUCCGGAACUCCUCCCCACCUACGUUGGUUAAUGUCCGCGACACCACGCGGCACCAACAACCGCAGCGACCAGGUGAGCAACGUCUUUGUCGGAGCCCACUUCCAGCUUCAGCCACAACCGCACGAGAAAGAAGUACAGCUUCUUAGCUUCGCCCAGCCUCCUGUGCGCACGUACACAAGGCCAGCGCACCUGACGCGGCGAAAGAAGUUUCCUCAUGAGCCAGACUCCCAUCCACAACUACGAACGAAACCACGAUAUCUGCUCUGCAGUACCAGCAGUGCCGUGCGUGCGUUAGACAAGACGCCUGUCAUGCUGCCCGUCACUACCAAGGAUGCGAUAUCUGCUCAAAUUUAUAGCGACUUGAAGCCUCCUCCUUUCGAAAGCGGCCGCCAUGUACCUAUCAUCGCAAAGGACGGCAUUGGAGCUACCAUCAGAGACACUCCUGCGCCGUCAGCCGGCGCACGAAGGAAGUGGAGAGCGAGGACGAUGGCAGAAAAGGAAGCAAAGUUGGUCGAUAGAUGUGCGACAUUCUACAGGAACAGCGAGCAUAUCCUAAUGGACAACCACCUCGUGGACGUCGCCAAUACUGCCAUCAAUCGGCCAGACAUGAGGGGUUUCGCCAGGUCCUUCAACAACGAGGUGUGCAUUCGCGCUAUGGAAUUCGAAGAUGGGGUCUCAAGGUCGACUCGGAUUCGGAUGUGCCGGCUCUCUCUUGGGCCUGAUGACUGCGACGACUCCAUCAGCGACCUUCUCGAAAACCUGGUUGAGAUUGGUGCCACUCGCUGCAUCCAUGCUCUUGAUGCAGAGGAGGGCCGAAGCAUGCCCACCUUGACUCACAUUGCUAGAGGCAAGGAUCGCAAGGUUGAGAAGAUGAGGCGGACUGGGAUCGUCUGGUGUCCUACGGCUCCGGGCAGAUAG